AUGUGUACUGAUGUACUGUCCUCGUGGGCGAAAAUCACCCGGACAGUCCACGGGAAGGGCCAACGUGCUGAUAUGCGUACUGACGGACAGUCAUCGUGGGCCAAAAUCACCCGGAUAGUCCACGGGAAGGGCCAACGUGCUGAUAUGCGUACUGACGGACAGUCAUCGUGGGCCAAAAUCACCCGGAUAGUCCACGGGAAGGGCCAACGUGCUGAUAUGCGUACUGACGGACAGUCAUCGUGGGCCAAAAUCACCCGGAUAGUCCACGGGAAGGGCCAACGUGCUGAUAUGCGUACUGACGGACAGUCAUCGUGGGCCAAAAUCACCCGGAUAGUCCACGGGAAGGGCCAACGUGCUGAUAUGCGUACUGACGGACAGUCAUCGUGGGCCAAAAUCACCCGGAUAGUCCACGGGAAGGGCCAACGUGCUGAUAUGCGUACUGACGGACAGUCAUCGUGGGCCAAAAUCACCCGGAUAGUCCACGGGAAGGGCCAACGUGCUGAUAUGCGUACUGACGGACAGUCAUCGUGGGCCAAAAUCACCCGGAUAGUCCACGGGAAGGGCCAACGUGCUGAUAUGCGUACUGACGGACAGUCAUCGUGGGCCAAAAUCACCCGGAUAGUCCACGGGAAGGGCCAACGUGCUGAUAUGCGUACUGACGGACAGUCAUCGUGGGCCAAAAUCACCCGGAUAGUCCACGGGAAGGGCCAACGUGCUGAUAUGCGUACUGACGGACAGUCAUCGUGGGCCAAAAUCACCCGGAUAGUCCACGGGAAGGGCCAACGUGCUGAUAUGCGUACUGACGGACAGUCAUCGUGGGCCAAAAUCACCCGGAUAGUCCACGGGAAGGGCCAACGUGCUGAUAUGCGUACUGACGGACAGUCAUCGUGGGCCAAAAUCACCCGGAUAGUCCACGGGAAGGGCCAACGUGCUGAUAUGCGUACUGACGGACAGUCAUCGUGGGCCAAAAUCACCCGGAUAGUCCACGGGAAGGGCCAACGUGCUGAUAUGCGUACUGACGGACAGUCAUCGUGGGCCAAAAUCACCCGGAUAGUCCACGGGAAGGGCCAACGUGCUGAUAUGCGUACUGACGGACAGUCAUCGUGGGCCAAAAUCACCCGGAUAGUCCACGGGAAGGGCCAACGUGCUGAUAUGCGUACUGACGGACAGUCAUCGUGGGCCAAAAUCACCCGGAUAGUCCACGGGAAGGGCCAACGUGCUGAUAUGCGUACUGACGGACAGUCAUCGUGGGCCAAAAUCACCCGGAUAGUCCACGGGAAGGGCCAACGUGCUGAUAUGCGUACUGACGGACAGUCAUCGUGGGCCAAAAUCACCCGGAUAGUCCACGGGAAGGGCCAACGUGCUGAUAUGCGUACUGACGGACAGUCAUCGUGGGCCAAAAUCACCCGGAUAGUCCACGGGAAGGGCCAACGUGCUGAUAUGCGUACUGACGGACAGUCAUCGUGGGCCAAAAUCACCCGGAUAGUCCACGGGAAGGGCCAACGUGCUGAUAUGCGUACUGACGGACAGUCAUCGUGGGCCAAAAUCACCCGGAUAGUCCACGGGAAGGGCCAACGUGCUGAUAUGCGUACUGACGGACAGUCAUCGUGGGCCAAAAUCACCCGGAUAGUCCACGGGAAGGGCCAACGUGCUGAUAUGCGUACUGACGGACAGUCAUCGUGGGCCAAAAUCACCCGGAUAGUCCACGGGAAGGGCCAACGUGCUGAUAUGCGUACUGACGGACAGUCAUCGUGGGCCAAAAUCACCCGGAUAGUCCACGGGAAGGGCCAACGUGCUGAUAUGCGUACUGACGGACAGUCAUCGUGGGCCAAAAUCACCCGGAUAGUCCACGGGAAGGGCCAACGUGCUGAUAUGCGUACUGACGGACAGUCAUCGUGGGCCAAAAUCACCCGGAUAGUCCACGGGAAGGGCCAACGUGCUGAUAUGCGUACUGACGGACAGUCAUCGUGGGCCAAAAUCACCCGGAUAGUCCACGGGAAGGGCCAACGUGCUGAUAUGCGUACUGACGGACAGUCAUCGUGGGCCAAAAUCACCCGGAUAGUCCACGGGAAGGGCCAACGUGCUGAUAUGCGUACUGACGGACAGUCAUCGUGGGCCAAAAUCACCCGGAUAGUCCACGGGAAGGGCCAACGUGCUGAUAUGCGUACUGACGGACAGUCAUCGUGGGCCAAAAUCACCCGGAUAGUCCACGGGAAGGGCCAACGUGCUGAUAUGCGUACUGACGGACAGUCAUCGUGGGCCAAAAUCACCCGGAUAGUCCACGGGAAGGGCCAACGUGCUGAUAUGCGUACUGACGGACAGUCAUCGUGGGCCAAAAUCACCCGGAUAGUCCACGGGAAGGGCCAACGUGCUGAUAUGCGUACUGACGGACAGUCAUCGUGGGCCAAAAUCACCCGGAUAGUCCACGGGAAGGGCCAACGUGCUGAUAUGCGUACUGACGGACAGUCAUCGUGGGCCAAAAUCACCCGGAUAGUCCACGGGAAGGGCCAACGUGCUGAUAUGCGUACUGACGGACAGUCAUCGUGGGCCAAAAUCACCCGGAUAGUCCACGGGAAGGGCCAACGUGCUGAUAUGCGUACUGACGGACAGUCAUCGUGGGCCAAAAUCACCCGGACAGUCCACGGGAAGGGCCAACGUGCUGAUAUGUGUACUGACGGACAGUCCUCGUGGCGAAAAUCACCCACGGACAGUCCUCGUGGGCGAAAAUCACCCACGUCGUGGCGAAAAUCACCCACGUCGUGGCGAAAAUCACCCACGUCGUGGGCGAAAAUCCCCCACGGACAGCCAAAAUCACCCGAGAAGCCAAAAAUUCAAAAAUUAAUAUUUUUGAAGAAAGUUUUCUGA